AUGUUCGAUCCCUUCUGGUACUUGGACAAGCGUACAGACGUUGGGAACACCAAUACGAAUUUGGACGACGUGGACGACAGUAACGGCUACGGAGAUGAUAGCACCACCAGCAGCAAUGAGGGCAUAGCUACUCCUACGACCACAUCGACAGCUACAUUAUACGCCACGAACACGAACUGUUCGGUCAGCAACGUAGUUUUACAACAGCACCCCGGACUGACACCCUUGCCAGAGCCUUCCGUCCUGCUCGUCGAGAUCCAAAAGUCUGUCGAAGACGUGGCGCAGGUCGUUGGGCGAUUCGGUCCCAAGAUGGCCACGAUUCUCUGUUCCCCUCAUAUCAUGACGGCGCUGUUCCCGGACCACAAGAAGCUCCAUUUAUCGAGCCUGGAAUAUACCGAUGAUUUCGCUUGUCGACUUGAACAAGCUUUCGGUGACCCCAUCAGCCUCACAGGCAACUCGCACGGCUUCACGCUCGACUUUGAGUCCGUCUGCAAGACUGACAUGACCCUACCCUAUACAAUCAGCAUCCAAAUCGGGCCCGACAGAACAACAAAUGGUGAGAAAAAGAUUGAACUGACCGCCGCGUAUGGCGGUGCCUUCAAGGAGCGGCGCAUCUUCGUCGCACCUAUCGGGACUUUUCGCUUCCAAAAGCGAAAUUUUGGCGAGACCACAGUCCCCCUGGUCAUCGAUGAGUCCAGUACCUAG